CAGGGUUUAUCCAUGACUCUCGGUCGUGGGGCAGUCGCUCCGUCAGAUCACUGCAGACAUCCCUGGGUGCUCUACUGGGAUAGCAAUCCCCUCCCGUUCUUCUCUUCGGCCAAUUUUCUGCCAGUCCCCUCUCGUUCAUCUCUUCGGCCAUUUUUCACAGGGUCUAUCCAUGACUCUCGGCCGUGCGGCAGUGGCCAAGUCAGGUAUUUUCGAACUCCCAUCAGUUCUUGGAAUCCAUCACUUCCUGGGCUUACUCUUUCCGGGAACCGAGCAACCGUCCGGAUCGCACUGGUACCAAUCGAUCCCCGAGUCCCCACUCAGCUCUUCCAUGUCUCCGGACGUAUUCGCAGCUGGGAAUGAAGGAUGCACAUAUUACGUACAUUUAUACUGACCGACGUUGCAGUUCGGAGGAGUGCGCCACUCCGAGGGGCCGCUCUGGCCCCAAGCGCGCCGUCGGUUCC